AUGAAUUUUGAAGAAAUCGAAGAACAAGAUGGAACUCGCUUCUCUUGGAAUGUGUUCCCGGCUUCCCGCUUGGAUGCUACAAGAAUAGUAGUUCCUAUAUCUUGUCUUUACACUCCACUUAGAGAGAGGGAAGAUCUACCACCAAUUUAUUAUGAACCAGUAACUUGUAAAGCUCCUUGUCGGGCAAUUUUGAAUCCUUACUGUCAAAUUGAUGUUCGCGGCAAACUUUGGAUCUGUCCUUUCUGCCUUCAAAGAAACGCAUUCCCUCCUCAUUAUAAAGAUAUCUCUAACACUAAUCUUCCUGCCGAGUUGUUGCCUAAGUUUACUACAAUUGAAUAUACUCUUUCCCGUGCUUCUCAAGUUCCUCCAAUCUUUUUGUUUGUGGUGGAUACUUGCUUAGAAGAUGACGAUUUGAAAGCAUUGAAAGACUCUUUGGUCGUCAGCUUAAGUUUAUUACCACCCAAGGCAUUAGUUGGUCUUAUUACGUUUGGUACUAUGACUCAAGUUCAUGAACUUGGUUAUAGUGAAUGUCCAAAAUCAUACGUUUUCCGCGGAACUAAAGAGUUUUCAUCUAAACAAAUUCAAGAAAUGCUUGGUUUGUCAGGACCUGGGGUGCGUCCAGCGAUGCAGAGGACUGGUCAGCCUGGUGUUGCUCAAAAUUUGAGUGCCAGCCGGUUUCUUUUACCAGUUGAGCAAUGCGAUUUUCAAUUGACAUCUAUUUUGGAGCAACUUCAACGUGAUCCUUGGCCAGUUGCCAAUGAUAAACGUCCACAAAGAUGUACUGGUGUAGCAAUGAGCGUGGCCAUUGGUUUAAUGGAGGCCACUUACUCGAACACUGGUGCACGUAUUAUGCUAUUCUGCGGCGGUGCUGCAACAGAAGGUCCUGGUAUGGUUGUGGGUAAUGAAUUAAAAGAACCAAUUCGAUCUCACCAUGAUAUUGAGAAGGAUAACGUAAAAUACUAUAAGAAGGCUACUAAGUUUUAUGAAGCUUUAGCGAAACGUGCAUCAGCAAAUGGUCAUAUUGUUGAUAUCUUUGCUGGAUGUCUUGACCAGGUUGGAUUGCUUGAGAUGAAAUCGCUGGUAAAUUCCACUGGAGGAUUUAUGAUUCUCUCUGAUUCUUUCACAACUGCUAUCUUCAAACAAAGUUUUCAGAGAAUCUUUAAUAAAGAUGCACAAAGCAACUUACAAAUGGGAUUCAAUGCAACUAUAGAUGUUCAGACUACACGAGAAAUGCGAGUAUGUGGCUUAAUUGGUCAUGCUAUCUCAGCCAAUAAAAAAAGUGCAUCAGUUGCAGAGACAGAAAUUGGUAUUGCCAACACAUCAGCGUGGAAAAUGUGUGGAAUAAACCCAAAGACUACAGUGGCGGUAUAUUUUGAAGUAGUCAGUCAACAUGGACAACCACUUCAACCUGGUUCACGUGGAUUGAUUCAAUUUUUAACUCAUUACCAACAUUCUAGUGGACAAUUCCGAUUGCGUGUUACAACAGUUGCCAGGAACUUUGCUGAAGGAAAUAGUCCACAAAUUGCUCAAUCUUUUGAUCAAGAAGCUGCUGCUGUUCUUAUGGCUCGUAUUGCAGUAUUCAAGGCAGAAAUUGAUGAUGGACCAGAUGUAUUGAGAUGGUUGGAUCGCAUGUUGAUUCGUUUAUGUCAAAAGUUUGCUGAUUAUGUAAAGGAAGAUCCUUCAUCAUUUCGCCUUGCAACAAACUUCUCUAUAUAUCCUCAAUUUAUGUUCCACCUUAGAAGAAGUCAAUUUUUACAGGUUUUUAAUAACAGCCCUGAUGAAACAGCCUUCUAUCGCCAUGUAUUAAAUCAUGAAGAUGUAAAUAAUUCUCUGAUCAUGAUUCAACCUACGCUUAUGUCUUACGGUUUCGUCCAACCACCACAGCCAGUACUUUUAGAUUCAAUUUCUAUAAAACCUGAUGUUAUUUUGUUACUUGAUACAUUUUUCCAUAUUCUUAUUUUCCAUGGUGAGACAAUUGCUCAAUGGAGGAAAGCAGGAUAUCAAGACCAAGAAGGUUAUGAAAAUUUCAAAGAAUUACUAGAAGCACCAAAGGCCGAUUCGGAGGAACUUUUGGCGGAUCGAUUUCCUAUUCCUCGUUAUAUUGUCUGUGACCAACAUGGCUCACAAGCUCGCUUUUUACUUUCCAAAUUAAAUCCUUCUACUACACAUGUUUCUGGAAGCAUGUAUGGGACACCACAAGGACAAGCUAUUUUUACCGAUGAUGUUAGUUUACAAGUGUUUAUGGAACAUUUGAAAAAAUUGGCAGUAAGCGGGUCAACAUAA